AUGACUCCAACCUUUUUUAACUCGACUAAACCAUCCCUUUCAGACAUUCCAUCACCUUAUUCCCCAUCAACCCCACGAAACUCACAACGCGCACUGUCGCCACUCAUCGAAGUCAAACAAACAGCAACUUCGACGUGUCCGAUAUCACCAAUUUGUAGCUUCGGAGACCCUUCGUUGUCACCAAAGAGAAAGUAUUCCCCACCGCACGACGAGUCGUUUCGGUUCACUGAGUUUGACCGCGUGAGAAGUCCGCGAAAUAUUACAAUUCAACCGGGGACCCCACGAAAAACAAAACAUAGAAGUUUAAUCACAAAAGGUGUUUCUAAACUUUUUGAACCUCACAAAGAAAAACCCGUUGGAGUCGAAUUGGACGACGUGUUAAUGGAAUUCAAGAUGAAAGAAAAGAACGACUUCAAAUCCUUCAAUUUAAAUGAGUUUUCAAAAACACUCGCAGAAAGGUCCCUGAUGCUAUUCGACAACUUUGAAGACAUUCACUCAGUGAUGCACGCAGAUGACUGUAGAAUGGUCGUGUGGAGACUCAGUUCAAUACGACGGUUUUUUCUCAACAAAAUGUGCAAAACAACGUCACCGAAAGAGGAAGUCGAGAAUUAUGAAAUUGACAUGAAAGACAUUGCACAAGUCUGUUUUGGAGAGGACCCGAUACCCAGCGAAAUUGAAUUUGCAAGGAAAAUCGCCGAGAAUUGUGGAAGUGUGUUUGACAAAACCGGAGACCCCAUUUUUUCGGAGGAAGGUGUUAUCGAGGAAAUUUCAAACGAGAAACUUUUGGACUGUAUAGUCGACCCCCACGUACCUUUUAAAUCACUUGAAGGGGCUGUAUAUGCAAUGUAUUUAUAUACAAAUGCUCAGACGUUGACGGAGAAAUUAGUUGAUGCGGAUAGAAGAGUGUUUGGAGCAAUGAGUUUAGGGCAAGAGUACAUCGAACAGGCUUUACGAGAACGUGUGAUGACUGUGACUUCUUUGUUUCUCCAAGUGACGAGUGGCAUUAGAGACCUUGAGAACCCAUUGUCAUGUUUCAUUGAUGGAAAUGUGUACCCGACUUGGUUUGUGAAUAAGAUGUCAAGAGCACUUCGUCUCACCGAAACACCACUGUCGUGCCGAGAACUUCGCAGAACACUUCCAGAGCCCGUUAAAAAACGAAGAAACUUUUCGUUGGCGGAGAUCGGGUCCUCUUUUUUCACAUUGAAUCAAACGGAAGUUGAAAGACGCAUGACGCCCGGUCUUAAAGAAUGGAGAGAAGACGGCGACGAGUCCGAGCGACCCGAUUUGUUUUGGAGCAACAUCAGUGAGAAAGUCUUUGCAGAGCAAUUUGGGUAUUUUGAUUAUGAAAAUUUCAUGAAAAUAGAACCCGAGAAUUUGGUGUGUGGCGAAUCAUCGUCGUCCCUUUCAAAGUACUUAAAAAUGUGUGAAAAUGCAAAGAAAUGGGUGUCCCAAAAUGUGACGAAUAAAACAAGUGCAGAGUAUUUCAUUCGAGUUGCAUUCAAAUUAGAAAAGCAGCGGAUGUUCAACUCCUCCUAUUUAAUCUUUAGUGGCGUUGAAAUAUCAAAGCGUGAAGACAAAUUCAAGUACGACAAGAUCAAAAAAGACUUAGAGAAUGGAUACACCAAAUUAGAGCGGUUAUACAAAGGGGGUCAUCGUCACGAAGAGUUUUGGAAACAUUACGAGAGCAUAGCAAGCAACAUCUAUCGUUCUUUUGUUGUUGAAUUUUGGGUCGAAGAAUUAAAGAGUGAAGAGAUACUGACGUUGUAUUUCGAUGAACUUAUUAAUAUGGAAAAGGUGCGAGCCUUUGGAAGGAAGAUUAAGAUGUGGACUGAAGUCCGGGGUAUAGAACUUCCCAUCUUCAAAAACGAUAUGAUCAACGCCUCACUCACAAAGUAUUUGUGUAAAUUAAAUGUGUAA